AUGGGUCUUGGUCAGCCUACAAGUAAAAGAGUUAUGGGUCUAGGUCAGCCAUCUACAAGUAAAAGAGUUAUGGGUCUAGGUCAGCCAUCUACAAGUAAAAGAGUUAUGGGUCUAGGUCAGCCAUCUACAUGUAAAAGUUAUGGGUCUUGUAAAAGAGUAAUGGGUUUUGAUCAGCCUACAAGUAAAAGUUUAAGAGUUAUGGGUCUUGGUCAGCCAUCUACAAGUAAAAGAGUUAUGGGUCUUGGUCAGCCAUCUACAAGUAAAAGUUAUGGGUCUUGUAAAAGAGUAAUGGGUUUUGAUCAGCCUACAAGUAAAAGAUAUGGGUCUUGA